AGGCACGGUCACAGAGGAUCAGCUUUCACAGAAUAUUUUUUAUCAAUUUGCGUAGGAUUGAUCAUUCGCAUUAGUGAAAGUAGAUAGGCGAGUAAGCUUGACAUGAACUUGUUGAAGAGCAUCUGGAAGAGCAGUAGCAAGAUAAAUAUUUGAAAUAAACGUUAGAUUAGGAAAAUUAUCGCACUCUCAGAACUAUCGGCCGUCAUGAUUGGUUCUCUGAUGGAAUCACGUGACCAGCGACAUCGUCGAACACGGAAAUUGUCGAGCGACUGGCUCAAAAUGGCUGCUCCUCCUAGUCGUGGAACACGGUUUUUCAGUCGUUUGCAAGAUGCUCUCACUCAUGCUGUGACUCCGCGAUUGCAGAUCGACAGGAAGACUAUCGAGAAGACGUGGAAACUGAUGGACAAAGUGGUGAAACAUUGUCAAAAUCAACGGCUGUCGCUGAAGAACAGCCCCCCUUACAUCUUAGAUAUUCUGCCCGAUACUUACCAACAUUUGAAGUUAAUUAUCUCGAAAUACGAAGAAAGGAUGCACAUUUUGAACGACUGUGAGUAUUUUAGGAUUUAUAUAGAAAACCUUAUCAAGCAAUCGAAGCUGGCCAUCAAGCUUUUCAAGGAUGGGAAAGAAAAAAUGUACGACGAAAACUCUACGUAUCGCCGCAGCUUGACCAAGCUGAGUUUAGUUUUCAGUCACAUGCUAGCCGAGGUGAAGGCAAUAUUUCCUCAAGGAACUUAUAUAGGAGACGGCUUCAGGAUCACAAAAUACGAUGCAGCUGAAUUCUGGAGAAAGAACUUUGGGAUCGGGAAAACAACAGUGUCAUGGAAGCAAUUUCGUCAAACUCUCCAAACAGUGCACCACAUCAGCUCAGGUUUGGAAGCAAUGGCAUUAAAGUCCACAAUAGAUCUAACAUGUAAUGACCAUAUCUCCAUAUUUGAAUAUGAUGUCUUCACAAGGUUGUUUCAGCCCUGGUCGCAUCUGCUUCAGAACUGGAAUCUCCUUGCUGUGACACACCCUGGUUAUUGUGCUUUUAUGACAUAUGAUGAAGUGAAGGCAAGAUUGUGUAAACACAUGGAUAAACCUGGAAGUUACAUCUUCAGGUUAAGUUGUACAAGAUUGGGCCAGUGGGCCAUAGGAUAUGUGACACCUGAGCAUACAAUUCUUCAAACCAUUCCUCAGAACAAGUCACUCUGUCAGGCUCUUAUUGAUGGAGCCAGAGAGGGCUACUACCUUUACCCUGACGGAAAACCAGACAACCCUGAUGUUAGCCAUCAUCUCAUCACCCCCCCUGAUGAGCACAUCACUGUCACAGAGGAGCAAUAUGAGUUGUAUUGUGAGAUGGGAUCCACCUUUCAGCUUUGCAAGAUCUGUGCUGAAAAUAAUAAAGAUGUGCGCUUGGAGCCCUGUGGCCAUUUGAUGUGUCACAUGUGCUUAGACCAGUGGCAAGAAACUGGUGGUGAAGGUUGUCCAUUUUGUCGUUCUGACAUCAAAGAUAUGCAAGCCAUUGUUGUGGAUCCAUUUGUACCUCAUCUUGAGGAGGAGACACCAGGAAGAGGUGCCGAGAGCCACGAGAAUCACUUGGAUGGGGAAGAAGAUGAAAUCAUGGAGGAUCCCAGUCAGUGGGUCUCCACAAUUGAUACUAGACCUCAUGGUACUCAACAAGGAGGAGGAUAUCCCCAUUUACAGCAGGAGAACACUGAACAGUUCCCGUCUUCAGAAGAUGCCCCUCCACCCUUGCCCCAGAGGCGAAAUCUCACGUUGAACCCACAGUUACCCACAUCACCAACCCUUGUAGUCACCCAUGCGUCACCAUUUGCUACUCCUGGGACAUCCUCAAGGUCAUCACCAUUAAGUUCUCCUUGGAACUCUCCAAGGAAUUCUCCACGCAACUCGCCACGGAAUUCCCCUCGUGCAUCUCCAAAUGUCUCACCCCACAACUCGCCUCUUGUUUCUCCAUGUGGCUCACCACAGAACUCUCCUUCACUGUUAAGAAAGGUACCACCACCACCGCCACCAUCAAACUUAGAUGAGGACAGUCCUCCUGCAGUACCAGAAAGGAGGUAUAAACACAGAGGGAUCAGUGUGGAGAAUAAGGAGAAUAAACCUGGAACUAAGACAUCUAAACAUGAAAGCAGUAGAAAAGACACAUUGGGAUAUGCAGACAUAGCUGCUGCAAAUGUUGCACAUGAAACUUUUGGUCAAAACCAGAUUAAAACAAAUUAUGCUCAGCUAGCUCACCCUCAUCCUGAUGCAGCUCAGUCUGAUGACAAGGAGAGGAGAAGGCCUGGAGAAGCCAUAAUGGCUGAAGUUUGUGCAAAUGAAGAGGCAACAUCAUAUGAUUUUCCUCUGCCAAUAAUAGCUGAGAGAGAACGUUCACCGGGUGAGAAAUCCAACCAAGAGAAUGGUUUAAGGGACAAUACCACUGAUCUUCAAUCAGUUGCAGAUCCUUUUGCUGAAGACCCAUUUGAAUUGAAUGAUAAAGCAAAACACAUCCACUGUGAUGAUGAUGAUUUUUGUAAGGGCCCUUUGGUUGUAGCACUGCCACCAUCACGUUCACAAAGCUGUAACUCUGGGAUGCCACGCAAAACCCAUGCUCACAGAGACAAAAAUACUCUGCCUUCAAGGGUGUUCACCAAGGCAAGAUCCACUGAUGACGUGCUUGAGGAUCCUACAUAUUCAAAUGUUCAUCGAGACCAUGGCAAAAAUGCUGGUCAAACCAAUGACUUUGAGAGCAAUGGAAACCCCACUUCAAAUAGUAACCACGAUAGAACUUUACGCCCAGCUUUGCUUUCUCGAAACAGCUGGGGUGGAGCAGAAGCUAAAAAUUUCAGCAAUCCAAUGUAUGGUUCCCGGGGCUUAGAUCCAAGUAAAUUAGAAGCAAAGGUAGAACAUAGACCAACACGAUCCAGAUUGCCAGAUGAAGAUCCAAAGCUUGAUGCUAUGCAGUUUUAUGAAGAAGAUUUUACAAUUCUGCAGGCGCAGGGAUACAGUCGCGAGGAGAUCACCAGAGCCCUUAUUGUGGCUGACAACAACUUUGCUUUGGCAAGGAAAAUUCUCCGCGAGUUCUCUCAGGGGACAAGAAAGCUAUGAACUUUUGGUACAGUUGAAUAGUAAUAUAAAAUUCUGGCCAAGUUCAUACUAAGGUUGAGUUUUCCCCUUGUAGAGUUGCUAAAGGAUGGUGAUUUUUGUUGAAUUUUGAUACCAUAGCUGCAUGAUGAAUUAUCUGGUAGUUGUUCAGAUUUUAAAGUGGGUAAUUAAUCUUAACCUUUGAAAUGUUCACCACAGAAUUAAUAUUUAGACAGGAAGUUGUUUGAUAUUUACAUAGUUUUCUUAAUUUGAAACACUUUAUAACCUGGCCUGACAAAUCAGGGGAAAUCUUGAUCAGUAAAUUUAAAGUGAUCCCAGUUUAUCCAUUGAUAUUGGAAGUAAGCCACCAGUCAGUUUAAAAAAUUUGUGAUGUUUGACUCAAUCCUUUCAUUAAUUUUUUAUGAAUUUUGAACUUUCAUUGGUUUCUUUCCAAUGAGAUUCUUCCAUGAUACAACAGCUCAACCAGACUGGUAUGGUUUAGGGUAGAAAUGCAUUCAGUCAUAUAUUUCACUAUGAUAGAUAGCACUGAUAAUGACAAUUGAAGGGUAAUUUAUUACUUGACCAACUAAGUAAGAAGGCAGGGUGCUGUGGGUCUCAUGCUCUGAACAGCUCUCCAAGUGGGUAAUAUGGGCUUGUGUUAGGCACUCUGGUUUGUCCACUUUUUUUUUCUCCAUUGUGAAUUGCUUACAUGGUUUGUCAAAAAGUGAGUAUUUGUUAUAAUCUUUUUGGCCAGGUAAUAAAUUGACCAAGCUUGUUCCUCAAGUUGACUGAUCUGUAAAAGGGAAUAAUUUAAGUAUUUUCCAAAGUCAAAUCUUCCUGAACUCUUGUUUGGUGAGACUUGCAUCUGAACUUGGGACUAUUGCCUGGUCAGAUUGUCAGUAACACAGAUAACAUUAGUUCACAAAUGGGCAACUAUAAUUUCUUUUUUAGUUUGUUAAAUUCCAUGAUUAAUGAAUUGAUCAGUCAGAUGUGGUGGUCAGUUUAUCGAAGCGGGAAUCAAAUUAACUGUGGAGGUAAUGAGACAGUAAUUACCCAGUUCUCUCAAGUCAUUAACAAUUAACCUUUGUCAGCCCCUUAAACUUUCAAAACAUAACUUGGAAUUCAGCCAUACAUUUUCCUCUGAAUGACCAGAGAGAAUUUUUUGUCUUAUCAAACAGCUUGUUGAUGUGUUUUUUUAUUCCCACCACAUAUUUACUGGAUGAAGCAUUGAUAUGGUAACAAAAUGUUACUUAUCAACUUUUUGGUCAGGUGGAAAAAUUGCUGUUGGAAUACUGCUAGUCCCGGGAGACUUAUAUUAAGUUCUUUUUUCAAAACUUGCAGGGUAUGGUUAUUUCUCUGGACAGUUUUCAGAAAGGGAAAAAAUGCUGUGUGUUCAGAAAAGAGAAGUGGUAAUCUGCAGUCAAUGGAAAAUAUUGAUAUUCCUUUUUUUUUCAAAUGUUUUUUUUUUUUUCAUCACAGUUGUGUCUUUUUUAUUCAAGUUGUAGGGGGUAUUAAGUAAAAAAUGUUGUCAGCCUGUGGCUUAUUGUGUCUUUCAUAAAGCCUUGUUGAGGUGUUCAAGGUAAUGUGAUACUGUAAACCAGAAUUUAAAGUCCUAUUAACAAUUCCAUAUGGGAGAAGUUGCUUGUUGUGUUUAUAAUUACCAGUGGAACAAUUUAGGGGUUUAAGGAUGAACCAUAGAAUGAUGUAGUAAAAUUUAAUGCAAAAAGACCAGCCUGGCCAGGUAUUAGCAGUUUUUUUUACUGCAAAAGUAUUUGUAAAAGUGAACAGAAUGCAGAGAUGUAAAUAAAGCAACACAAGACUAAAUGGCUUGGAAACAGCAGAACUUGUAAAGAUAAAAUUUUAGAAUCAUCCAAAAUUCUUAGAGCAACAAAAACACAAAGAUGAGGGUAUUAUUAGUCUAGAAUAUGGCAAUUUAAUUACCUUGUUGGGGGGAAAUAAUUGUUUUUGUCUGUAAUUGUCUUUUUACAGAUAGAAUUAAAUUUAGAAAAUGUUGAUUUGCUAUUUAUUCUCCUUGCCAAGCUUGGUCAUUUUGUUAAGCAGCACUUUGUUUCCAGCAAUUUUUUUUUUUCAUCUCUUUGUAUAAUUCAAUUGACUUUAGCUUGUUAGCUUUAAUCUUUCUGAAUCAAAACUCCAAGCAAAAGAUCUUGAGAAAAAUUCUGAAAACCACUGAUCAAAAUUGUCACCUGAGGAAAUCAAAAUUCUGAAAACCACAGAUCAAAGUUGUCACCUGAGGAAAUCAAAAUUCUGAAAACCACAGAUCAAAGUUGUCAUCUGAGGAAAUCAAAAUUCUGAAAACCACAGAUCAAAAUUGUCACCUGAGGAAAUCAAGAUUCUGAAAACCACAGAUCGAAGUUGUCACCUGAGGAAAUCAAAAUUCUGAAAACCACAGAUCAAAAUUGUCACCUGAGGAAAUCAAAAUUCUGAAAACCACAGAUCAAAAUUUUCACCUGAGGAAAUCAAAAUUCAUUGUAAAGAAAUGUGUAUUAUUGAAAGUCUCCAGAGACGACAACAGCCAGGUUAAUCCAAAGAUAUGAUACAAGAUAAUUAUACACUUGCAUAAUUAAUCCUGUUUGUUCUUCAAGAAUUUUUACUUGGAAGGUUGCAUUCAAAAGAAAAUUUCUGUGAGAGUUGAAAACCUGAAUUCAGCUACAUGAUUGAACACUGAACUGUGAUCUUAAUUGUGUGAAUGUAAUUUGCUGAUAAAAUUUAUUUUCUAAUAGAUAUGAUCCUACUAACAAAGACAUAAAUACAUUUCUAACUCUUCAAUUAAAGGGAGUGUUACUUGAAUAUUUCUGAUCAGUAAUUUUGUGAGAGAUUUGGUAUGAAAUAUUUCACACUGAUGACCACAGAGAUCCAUACUGUCUCUAUGAGCCUACAUAUUCAAACUUUGAUAUUUUCAAGUGCUAAAUUGAAUACAAAUGAGUUGCAAGGAAGUUUUUGGUUCAUUUCUAAUGUUUGGCACAAGAAAAAUUUUCUUUUGUGGGUCUUGCUGGUAUUAAAAGUUAAGUUUCAAAAAUUGCUGUUAUUUCUGUAAGUAACUUCCCUCAUCAACAAACCACAAUUAGUAAAAUGAUAGAAGUAUAGGGAAUAUUUUUGUAGGUCUGUUGCUAUGUAAAUGAAAACUUCAAACCACAGUUAUAGAACAGAUAUAUAACAUAAUAAAGCAAAAGUGUAUUUUAGAAGAACUAUUUAAAUGCAUUAGAGAUACCAAUAUAAUUCACUGGGACCCACACCAUUUUAAUAGUUGUGUUUCAAGCAAAGUUGGUGCUUCUGCAUUAAGAUGAAAAAAUUAAACGUUGCGUUUGAAGACUGCA